AUGAAAAAGGGGGAGAGGCGUAGCUUCUGCGAUACUGAAAUGGCGAACGACAAUAAUCUAUCGAGCUUGGUUCACGAACUCCGUGAGCGGGUCGCCGCAUCCUCGUCCACUCCGGCUAACACCCUUGGUCGCUCUUGCGGAGACGACGAUGCUCUGGAGAUUCGAUUUCGGGCCGUCAUCCCAAAUCUUCUGAAGACCUACGUCGCCCCUUCUCUCGGCAACGGGAGGGAAGUUUCAGCUGUUCUGAAGCUUGUUGGCCACACAGCAAGGAAUAUUCCAGGCGUUUUCUAUCACGGAGAUCCUGCUGCUAUUUUCCCUGUGAUUGGUCAUCUUAUGCCCUUCUUUGCAGAACCUGAGUUUGUUCCUGCGCAUGGAGUAAUACUUGAAACUGUUGGAUCUCUCUUAAUGUUGCUGCGUUCCAACUCCAGGAAGGCGUACCGGAUGUUCUUCCAUGACGCUUUGCAGGCCAUUGAAGAUAUGCAACCUUUUGCAUCAAUCCAUUCCAAUGAACCGGAACUCUAUGAAUCUCACAUUCCUUUUAGGUGUUUCUGUAUGUCCUUUUCUGGAGUUUGGGGUGAUUCUUGUCAUCUCUGUGAUCUGCCAGAUACUAAUAAGCCCAAAGACGGGGAUGGUCUUGUGUUGAACUUGAUGGGAGCCAAACGUUGGCAACCUUUUGCUACUUGUGUCAUUAAGCUAAUCUGUAAAUGCCUAACCGAGGGGACACUCUACGUCGAAGGUCUCAUCCAUACAUCAUUUGUUAAGGCUGCCUGUUCUUUGGUAUGCUGUGGUGGUGCAGAUGUGCAGAUGGCAUGCUUUGAGUUUGCUUCUCUUGUCGGAUCAAUCCUUAGCUUCAACAUCCUCCCUCAUGUGGGCUUGAUACAGUCAAUCAUCCUCCUUUUAAGUGCAGCAGAUGAAGAAGGACUUCCUGUGUACAGGAAUGCGAUAUAUGAUUCUACCAUUGGGCGUUGCCUUACGACAGUAUAUUCCAGCUGUUCUGAUGUCGCUGUCAAACUAACUGCAGAAAGUUUAGUGUUGGUCUUCCCGAAUGCAUUACAGAGAACAAAGAGUGAGGAGCUGAAGGCUUCCCUGUGCAGUGCAUACGUGCGGAUUGUGAAAUCUUGUCCUCCUCGUAUUUGGAAUCUACAUUGCCUUCUAGAGUUGCUUCAGCUUUCGGAACCUUGUUUUUCGUUGAUAGAAUGUUUUAAAGCGGUUCUUGUUGCUCUUAGACCUGAUUUUGUUCGAGGUGAGACGUCCAAAUGUGGCAGCCAUACAUCAGUAGCUAGUGAUAGACCGGUUAAUGUUGGACAUAAAAGACAUAUUAAGGAUGGAAGUACACACAAAAGGAAGCGCCAGAAAGUUGGUGCUGAUACUCAACAAGGGGUUUACUUUGCUCCUGAAGUUACCGAUGAGACCGAUGGAAAAGAUGCUGCUAGUCUGCGUGUGAUGCUUAUUUCAACUGUAGAAUCUUUAAAACCUCCACCUGCUGGGCCUAGUCUGUUACGGCCUGAAGUUUCAAUAGCAGCACUUAGCAUGAUCACGAAUGCACUUUGUUUAUGUCCCUGGACUGGAAUGACUUAUCGUUUGUUUCACUCGAUGUAUGCCUGGAUUCCCUGGAUAGCUGAGCAGGUUGAGAAAAAAUAUCCAGUUGUGUUCGACAUUUCUUAUUACUUGGAAGGAAUUCACAGUGCGCUACUCGUGCCUGAUUUGGAUUUACAAUGUGAAUAUACAAGUAAAGGGAAUGACUUGGAUGCUAUACAAGUAUUGCUAAAGCUGCCUUGGACGCACUCUCUGCUGUUUAAGAAGCCUGGCUCUUUAUUAAAGUCUAAGUGCUUAUCUGUGGGGAUAUGGACAAAGCUUGGUUUACGUGACGGGAGUGGUUUUGAUAUCUUCAAUAUGGCUCUUUCUGAUGAUUUUGAACAAGUGCGAGCUGUCGCUGUUAUCUCCAUGCCACUGAAAGUUGUAUUCUCUGAUAUUGAUGCCCUUCCUCAUAUAUUCCGAAGGCUGGAGUAUUUGUUGAAAGAAGAGCAUUUGAUGGUUAAGAAGACCAUACCUCAGUCUCUUGGCUUCUUAUCGUGCCUUUACGGAUCAAAUACUACUGGCUCAGACAAAACUGCAUGCCAUAUAUUCCUACAUGAAGAUGUAAAGAAAGAUGAGACUCUGAAUUGUCUACUUCAAGGAUUCCAAUGUUCCAAAAUUCUUGGCCACACAGCCCCGGAUAUUCUGGUCAGAACAAGGUCUCAAUGGAUAAGAUGCCUUCAAUAUCUGCUACUACAUGUAAAUACAGAUGUAAGGGAAGCAUUUUGUGCCCAGAUUGGUAUCUUUGUACAGCAUCCUAUUGUGAGCUGUUUGUUUCUUGAUGAAAAUGCUACGGAGAAAAGUUGCGAAAGGAAUUUUUUUGAUUUGAUUGAGGACUCUCUAGCAACAGCUAAGGAUCUUCUUAUCAUCCAGACUCUCUUGGAAACGACAGCUGAAGUUAUGGUUGCUGCAGAUAUCACCAGUGAGCUUUUCUUGUUUUCUCUUUUCCUGCUGAUUGAUCAGCUUGAUCAUCCAAACUUGAUCGUUCGAAUAAAUGCAUCAAGGUUAAUAAAUCGGUCAUGCUACAUCCAUGUGAAAGGGGGGUUUGCGAUGCUACUUUCCAGAGCUGCUCAUGUUCAAAAUGCAUUGUUUGAUAAUCUAUCCGUCAGGCUGACCAACCGUCCAAAUGUGGUAAAAGAAUUUGCAGAGGCUGUUUUGGGUGUUGAAACUGGAGAACUUGUGAGGAAUAUGGUCCCUGUUGUUCUUCCUAAGCUCUUGGUAUAUUGGCAGGAAAAUGCUCAAGCAGCCAGUACCUUGAGCGAACUGGCCAAGUUAUUAGAGAUAGAUGUGGUACCUCUAAUUGUAAAUUGGCUACCGAGAGUUCUUGCUUUUGCGCUGAAUCAGAAAGAAGAGAAGAAUCUUCUCUCAGUAUUGCAAUUGUAUCACUCACAGAUUGGUUCAGACAACAAAGAAAUUUUCGCUGCUGCGUUACCUGCACUCUUAGAUGAGCUGGUGUGCUUUGUGGACAUUUCGGAUACACCCGAGACAGAUAGAAGGCUACAGAGACUGCCUGAGGCAAUAAAGAAGAUCUCCAAAGUUUUAACAAAUGCAGAGGAUCUUCCUGGAUUUUUACAAAACCAUUUUGUUGGACUCCUUAACAGUAUUGACAGGAAAAUGCUUCAUGCAGAUGAUAUUUUUCUUCAAAAGCAAGCAUUGAAGCGUAUUAAGCUGCUCAUUGAGAUGAUGGGCCACUAUCUCAGCACAUAUGUGCCGAAGCUUAUGGUUCUCCUUAUGCAUGCCAUUGACAAAGAUGCACUUCAAAGCGAGGGUCUCAUGGUCUUACAUUUUUUUACAAAAAAGUUGUCUGCCGUAUCUCCGUCUAGCAUAAAGCAUGUGAUUUCUCAAGUUUUUGCGGCACUUAUACCCUUCUUAGAGAGAGAGAAGGAAGGUCCCCAUGUAUAUCUAGACGAAGUGGUGAAAAUUCUUGAAGAACUUGUUUUGAAGAAUAGAGAUAUACUAAAGCAGCACAUAUGUGAGUUCCCCCUCUUACCUAGCAUACCUUCUUUAGCAGAAUUGAACAAUGCUAUUCAAGAAGCACGUGGAUUGAUGAGCCUGAAGGAUCAGUUACGGGAUAUUGUAAAUUGUAUGAAACAUGAGAACCUGAAUGUUAGAUACAUGGUGGCAUGUGAGCUAAGCAAAUUGCUGUAUCAGAGAAAUGAAGAUGUUGCUGCACUGAUUGCCGGUGAACUUAUCUCAGACAUGGAGAUCUUGAGUUCUUUGAUCACAUCUUUACUACAGGGAUGUGCAGAAGAAUCACGCACUACUGUGGGUCAGAGGUUGAAGCUAGUCUGUGCAGAUUGUCUUGGAGCAAUAGGCGCUAUUGACCCCGCCAAAGUGAGAGUUGCUUCAUGCAACCGUUUUAAAAUCCAAUGCUCAGAUGAUGAUCUUAUCUUUGAGCUCAUUCACAAACACUUGGCAAGAGCUUUUAGAGCUGCACAGGAUACAAUCAUUCAAGACUCGGCUGCUCUUGCCAUACAGGAAUUACUAAAGAUUGCUGGUUGUGAGCCAUCCUUAGCUGGGAAUGCUGGUGUCUCUACGCCACAAGAACGUGUGCUACUCAAUGUAUCUGGUUCUAGAAGACCGAGAGGUAGCAAUGAAGUGAAUGAAAGGGGACAAAACCUAUGGGACCGGUUCUCAGACUAUGUUAAAGAACUAAUAGCUCCCUGCUUGACUUCAAGGUUUCAGCUUCCAAAUGCGUCCGACCCUGGAUCAGCUGGACCAAUUUAUCGGCCUUCUAUGUCAUUCAGAAGGUGGCUAUCCUACUGGAUAAAGAAAUUGACAGCACAUGCAACUGGAUCCCGUGUAGGCAUAUUUGCUGCUUGCCGAGGCAUAGUGCGUCACGAUAUGCAGACAGCUACUUAUCUCUUACCAUAUUUAGUUCUGGAUGUUGUUUGCCAUGGGACUGAGGCAGCACGGCUUAGCAUUUCAGAAGAGAUACUCUCUGUUCUUGAUGCUGCUGCAUCAGAAAAUAGUGGGGUGACAAUAAACAGCGGUGGCGUCGGUCAGAGUGAAGUUUGUGUUCAAGCUGUUUUCACGCUUCUUGAUAACCUAGGGCAAUGGGUUGACGAUGUGAAGCAAGGAGUAGCACUCUCAGUGUCUCUGCAGUCAUCAGGCGGUAGGCAAGUAGCAUCCAAAUCAAAAGACCAGGUUUCAGCAUCAACAACAGAGCAGGAUCAACUUCUUGUACAAUGUAAAUAUGUGUUGGAGCUUUUGCUUGCUAUUCCCAAGGUGACCCUUGCUAGGGCAUCAUUCAGGUGUCAAGCUUAUGCUAGGUCAUUGAUGUACCUCGAAUCCCAUGUACGUGAAAAGUCAGGGUCCUUAAAUCCCGCAGCUGAGAAGUCAGGCCUCUUUGAAAAUGCUGAUGUUUCUUCUCUGAUGGGAAUAUACAGCUGCCUUGACGAGCCUGAUGGUCUUUCGGGCUUUGCAAGUUUAAGCAAAUCUUUAAGUUUGCAAGACCAAUUGUUGAUAGAUAAGAAAUCCGGUAACUGGGCAGAAGUCUUCACUGCAUGUGAACAAGCCCUUCAGAUGGAACCAACGUCAGUCCAAAGACACUCAGAUGUUCUUAAUUGCUUACUUAACAUGUGCCACCAUCAGACAAUGGUCACUCAUGUUGACGGACUAAUUUCCAGAGUACCUGAGUACAAAAAAACGUGGUGCACACAAGGUGUGCAAGCUGCAUGGAGACUUGGAAAGUGGGACUUGAUGGAUGAGUAUCUUGGUGGAGCUGAUGAAGAAGGUCUACUCUUCAGUAGCUCAGACAGUAAUGCCUCUUUUGACAGAGAUGUCGCAAAGAUUCUCCAAGCAAUGAUGAAGAAAGAUCAAUACUCUGUAGCUGAGAGAAUAGCAAUUUCCAAACAAGCUCUCAUUGCUCCUCUAGCUGCUGCAGGAAUGGACUCCUAUACGCGAGCUUAUCCUUUUGUUGUUAAACUUCACUUGCUAAGGGAGCUAGAGGACUUUCAGGCGCUUCUCAAUGGGGAUUCAUAUUUGGAGAAAUCAUUUAGUACAACUGAUCCGGUGUUUUCAAAAGUAGUAGAUAACUGGGAGAACCGGCUCAGGUUUACUCAGUCAUCAUUGUGGACAAGGGAGCCUCUCUUAGCUUUCCGAAGGCUUGUCUUUGGUGCCUCCGGGCUUGGUGCUCAAGUUGGGAACUGUUGGCUUCAAUAUGCAAAGCUUUGCCGUUUGGCUGGACACUAUGAGACUGCUCACAGGGCAAUUUUGGAAGCUCAGGCUUCUGGUGCACCUAAUGUUCACAUGGAAAAGGCAAAACUUCUUUGGAUCACUAGGCGUUCAGACAGUGCAAUGAUAGAGCUACAACAGUCUCUCCUGAAUAUGCCUGAGGGAGUUGUUGACUCCACUGUGAUUUCCUCUAUCAAUAGCUUAUUGAUGGCUCCCCUAAAUCCAGAGCCAACAGUUCGUAACACACAAUCUUUCAACGACAAAAAAAAUGUUGCGAAGACUCUUCUUCUGUAUUCCAAAUGGAUCCAUUACAGUGGGCAAAAACAAAAGAAAGAUGUUUUAAAUCUUUACACCCAAGUCAAGGACUUGCAGCCCUGGGAGAAGGGAUAUUUCCACUUGGCUAAGUAUUACGAUGAGCUAUAUGUUGAUGCAAGAAAGUGUCAACAAGAGAGCUUUGUGUUGAGCUCUGGAGGCAGCAAAAAAGGUUCCGCCUCAUCGAACUCGAGCACUGAGAAAGCUGGGUGGGAUUACCUAUUUAAGGGAAUGUACUUCUAUGCUAAGGGACUUCACAGUGGGCACAAGAAUCUCUUUCAAGCACUUCCGAGGUUGUUGACACUAUGGUUUGACUUUGGUACUGUCUACCAAAUGAGUGGUUCAGCAGGAAAUAAGGAAUUGAAAAGUACUCAUAUGAAGAUAAUGAGUUUAAUGAGGGGCUGCUUAAAGGAUCUGCCAACCUAUCAAUGGUUAACUGUGUUGCCUCAGUUGGUUUCUAGAAUCUGUCAUCAGAACGGGGAAACAGUACAAAUGGUUAAAAAUAUCAUCACAUCUGUUCUACAUCAAUUUCCUCAGCAAGGGCUAUGGAUUAUGGCAGCUGUCUCAAAAUCUACUGUUCCUGCUAGGAGGGAAGCAGCUGCAGAAAUCAUACAAGGUGCACGAAAAGGCUUUAACCAAAGUGACAGAGGCCACAAUCUGUUCCUUCAGUUUGCUAGUUUGACUGAUCAUUUCAUUAAACUGUGCUUCCAUGGGGGACAACCAAGAUCCAAGAUUAUCAAUAUAGCAACUGAAUUUAGUGCCUUGAAAAGAAUGAUGCCGCUGGAUAUCAUCAUGCCAAUUCAACAAUCUCUUACCAUUACCCUACCAGCAUUCGAUAUGAGCAAUAAUGAGCGACACUCUGCCAGUGUCUUUUCUGGUUCAGAUCUACCAACUAUUUCUGGUAUAGCUGAUGAAGCCGAGAUACUUUCAUCUCUUCAGCGCCCGAAGAAGAUCAUUCUGCUGGGAAAUGAUGGUAUUGAGUACCCAUUCCUCUGUAAGCCGAAGGAUGAUCUCAGGAAAGAUGCUCGGAUGAUGGAAUUUACUGCUAUGAUAAAUCGCUUACUAUCCAAAUAUCCCGAAAGCAGGCGAAGGAAGCUAUAUAUCCGCACCUUUGCAGUAGUUCCUCUGACCGAGGACUGUGGUAUGGUGGAGUGGGUUCCACAUACACGUGGACUCCGCCAUAUUCUACAAGAUAUAUACAUUUCUUGUGGGAGGUUUGAUCGGCAGAAAACAAAUCCUCAAAUUAAAAGAAUAUAUGAUCAGUGUCCUGUGAAAAAGGAGUAUGAGAUGCUCAAGACCAAGAUCCUCCCUAUGUUCCCUCCAGUUUUCCAUAAAUGGUUCUUGACAACGUUUUCUGAACCAGCUGCUUGGUUUCGGUCACGCGUAGCUUAUGCUCACACGACAGCAGUUUGGUCCAUGGUUGGGCACAUUGUUGGACUUGGUGACCGUCAUGGAGAAAAUAUACUCUUUGAUUCUACGUCAGGGGAUUGUGUUCAUGUAGACUUCAGUUGCUUAUUUGACAAAGGCUUACAACUGGAGAAGCCUGAGCUUGUGCCAUUCAGAUUGACCCAGGAAAGAAAAUGGAAAAUCGAUUGUAACAUGAUCGAUGGUUUGGGAAUCACUGGAUAUGAAGGCAUUUUCAUGAGGGUAUGUGAAAUCACUCUCACAGUGUUGAGGACACAUAGGGAGACAUUAAUGAGCAUCCUUGAGACCUUCAUCCACGAUCCUCUUGUGGAGUGGACAAAAUCACACAAAUCAAGCGGGGUAGAAGUUCAGAACCCACAUGCUCAGCGUGCCAUAAGCAGUAUCGAAGCCCGGCUGCGAGGGGUGGUUGUUGGUGUUCCCCUACCGGUAGAAGGUCAGGCUCGCCGGUUGAUAGCCGACGCAGUCUCACUUGAAAAUCUUGGCAAGAUGUACAUCUGGUGGAUGCCCUGGUUCGAAAACUAUCAUCCUCCACCUGUCGUCCUUGGUCUCAUCAAAAGAUUACUAUCGUCUUCUUCUUCUGUACUCCAGAUGUCCAUUGAGACGACGCCGUGGAGCCACUCGAGACACCCGCAUAGCCCUCCGCAGGAAACCUCCUUGAUUUUACCAAAAAGACCUUCCUCCACCACUGUCUCCGGUGGCCUCCCUGCCGUAGGCUGCAGGUUCCUUAUUGGUAUCUCUGAGCCGCUCCCACAACCGUGCAUUGCUGGUGACUUCACAGGUGAGUCUGGAGUUGGAGUUGGUGGAGGAGGCGGUGGCGGCGGACUCACCGAUAAGAUUUCCCGGAGAGACGUGUACUUAUACAUCACCGACUCUCCCAGACUAUCACAGGAGCUCGCCGUCGUUUUGGUGUACCUUGACAAGUUGGAACGUGAUGAAGACUCGCUGUGA